AUGUUUAGCUUUCAGUAUUUGCUCCAUAAAUGCAUAGCACGUGCUGCUUGUCUGAGGAAUGCACUGGACUGGGGCACUGGAGAACAUCUGAUCAAAUUCAUGACCAUGGGGGAUAUGAAGACCCCAGACUUUGAUGACCUCCUGGCAGCAUUUGACAUCCCAGAUAUGGUCGAUCCCAAAGCAGCUAUUGAGUCUGGACACGACGACCAGGAAAGCCACAUCAAGCAGAACGCCCACGUGGAUGACGACUCCCACACGCCGUCCUCCUCCGACGUCGGCGUCAGUGUUAUUGUGAAGAAUGUUCGGAACAUCGACUCCUCCGAGGGCGCAGAGAAGGACGGCCACAAUCCCACCGGCAACGGCCUGCACAACGGGUUUCUCUCGGCGUCCUCUCUGGACACUUACAGUAAAGAUGGAUCAAAGUCCUUGAAAGGAGACGUGCCUACCUCAGAGGUGACUUUAAAAGACUCCGCUUUCAGCCAGUUCAGCCCCAUCUCCAGUGCUGAAGAGUUUGACGACGAUGAGAAGAUAGAGGUGGACGACCCCCCGGACAAAGAGGACAUGCGCUCCGGUUUCAGAUCAAAUGUGUUGACAGGGUCGGUUCCCCAACAGGACUAUGACAAACUGAAGGCACUCGGGGGAGAAGGCUUAAGCAAAACUGGCAUCUCUACGACAGGCAACCUAGAGAAAAACAAAGUUGUCAAGAGAGAAACGGAAACAAAUUCUAUAAAUCUGAGUGUUUAUGAACCUUUCAAAGUCAGAAAAAUGGAGGAUAAACUGAAAGAAAACUCUGAAAAGGUGCUUGAAAACAGGGUCCACGAGGGCAAGCUGAGCUCGGAGAAGAAUGACGCCUCCCUCGGCGGUGUGGUGCCCUCGAGGACCAAGCCAUCCUCCAAGCUCUCUUCCUGCAUCGCUGCAAUUGCGGCUCUUAGUGCUAAAAAGGCCGCUUCUGACUCCUCUAAAGAACCAGUGACCAACUCCCGGGAGGCCUCUCCGUUACCAAAAGAAGUAAACGAUAGCCCUAGAGCCAUUGAAAAGUCUCCGGAGUCCCAGAGUCUCAUCGAUGGGACAAAAAAAGCGUCCCUUAAGCAGCCGGAUAGUCCCAGGAGCAUUUCCAGUGAGAACAGUAGCAAGGGAUCGCCAUCCUCUCCUGCAGGGUCAACACCAGCAAUUCCCAAAGUCCGCAUAAAAACCAUCAAGACGUCUUCUGGGGAAAUCAAGAGAACAGUGACGAGGGUGUUGCCUGAAGUUGAUCUCGAUGCCGGAAAAAAGCCUUCUGAGCAGACGGGGUCCAUGGUGGCGUCCGUGACGUCGCUGCUGUCGUCUCCGACCUCGGCCGCCGUCCUUUCCUCCCCGCCCAGGGCGCCUCUGCAAUCGGCGGUCGUUACCAACGCGGUGGCCCCCGCCGAGCUGACCCCCAAACAGGUCACCAUCAAGCCUGUGGCGACUGCCUUCCUCCCGGUGUCGGCUGUGAAGACGGCCGGGUCUCAAGUCAUUAAUUUGAAGCUCGCCAACAACACGACGGUCAAAGCCACGGUCAUAUCUGCUGCUUCCGUGCAGAGCGCCAGCAGUGCCAUCAUUAAAGCCGCCAACGCCAUCCAGCAGCAAACCGUCGUGGUGCCGGCCUCCAGCUUGGCCAACGCCAAACUCGUGCCAAAGACUGUGCACCUUGCCAACCUUAACCUUCUGCCUCAGGGCGCCCAGGCCACCUCCGAGCUCCGCCAGGUGCUCACCAAACCUCAGCAGCAAAUAAAGCAGGCAAUAAUCAGUGCCGCGGCCUCACAGCCACCCAAGAAGGUGUCGCGGGUCCAGGUGGUGUCCUCCCUGCAGAGUUCUGUGGUGGAAGCUUUCAACAAGGUGCUGAGCAGCGUCAACCCAGUCCCAGUUUACAUCCCCAACCUUAGUCCUCCUGCGAACGCGGGCAUCACGUUACCGACCCGCGGCUACAAGUGCUUGGAGUGUGGGGACUCUUUCGCCCUCGAGAAGAGCCUGACCCAACACUACGACAGGCGCAGCGUGCGCAUCGAAGUAACGUGCAACCACUGCACCAAGAACCUCGUUUUUUACAACAAGUGCAGUCUCCUGUCCCAUGCCCGUGGGCACAAGGAGAAGGGAGUGGUGAUGCAGUGUUCACACUUGAUCUUGAAGCCUGUCCCAGCAGAUCAGAUGAUUGUUUCUCCAUCAAGCAAUACUCCUGCUUCAUCUUCCGCCCUCCCAAGCUCCUCGGGAGCCGGCACACACACUGUAACAAAAAUUCAGUCUGGCAUAACCGGGACAGUCAUAUCAGCCCCUUCCAGCACACCCAUCAUUCCAGCUAUGCCUCUGGAUGAAGACCCAUCCAAGCUCUGUAGGCAUAGUCUGAAAUGUUUGGAGUGUAAUGAAGUUUUCCAGGAUGAGACGUCGCUGGCCACUCAUUUCCAGCAGGCUGCAGAUACAAGUGGACAAAAGACUUGCACUGUCUGCCAGAUGCUGCUCCCUAACCAGUGCAGUUACGCAUCUCAUCAGAGAAUCCACCAGCACAAAUCUCCCUACACCUGCCCCGAGUGCGGGGCCAUCUGCAGGUCGGUGCACUUCCAGACCCACGUCACCAAGAACUGUCUGCACUACACGCGGAGAGUUGGUUUUCGAUGUGUGCAUUGCAAUGUUGUGUACUCUGAUGUGGCCGCACUGAAGUCUCACAUUCAGGGUUCUCACUGCGAAGUCUUCUACAAGUGUCCUAUUUGUCCAAUGGCGUUUAAGUCUGCCCCAAGUACGCAUUCUCAUGCCUACACGCAGCAUCCCGGCAUCAAGAUAGGAGAGCCAAAAAUAAUAUAUAAGUGUUCCAUGUGUGACACUGUAUUUACCCUGCAAACCCUGCUGUAUCGCCACUUUGACCAACACAUCGAAAACCAGAAGGUGUCUGUUUUCAAGUGUCCAGACUGUUCUCUCUUAUACGCACAGAAGCAACUCAUGAUGGACCAUAUCAAGUCCAUGCAUGGAACAUUGAAAAGUAUUGAAGGGCCUCCAAACUUGGGUAUAAACUUGCCUUUGAGCAUUAAGCCUACAACUCAAAAUUCAGCAAAUCAAAACAAAGAGGACACCAGAUCCGUGAACGGGAAAGAGAAAUUGGAAAAGAAAUCCCCAUCACCCGUGAAAAAAUCUUUGGAACCCAAGAAAGUAGCCAGUCCUGGGUGGACGUGUUGGGAGUGUGACCGGUUAUUCACGCAAAGAGAUGUUUACAUUUCCCACGUGAGGAAGGAGCAUGGGAAGCAAAUGAAGAAGCACCCCUGCCGCCAGUGUGACAAGUCUUUCAGCUCAUCCCACAGCCUGUGCCGUCACAACCGGAUCAAGCACAAAGGCAUCAGGAAAGUUUAUACCUGCUCGCACUGCCCAGACUCCAGGCGUACCUUCACGAAACGGUUAAUGCUGGAGAAACAUAUCCAACUCAUGCACGGAAUUAAGGAUCCUGACUUGAAAGAAAUGACAGAAGCCACCAAUGAGGAGGAAGCAGAAAUAAAAGAAGAUACCAAGGUUCCCAGUCCCAAGCGGAAGUUGGAAGAACCCGUUUUAGAGUUCAGACCUCCCCGAGGAGCCAUCACGCAGCCCCUGAAGAAGCUGAAGAUCAAUGUGUUCAAGGUGCACAAGUGCGCCGUGUGCGGCUUCACCACGGAGAACCUGCUGCAGUUCCACGAGCACAUUCCGCAGCACAAGUCGGACGGCUCGUCCCACCAGUGCCGCGAGUGCGGCCUCUGCUACACGUCGCACGUCUCCCUGUCCCGGCACCUCUUCAUCGUCCACAAACUGAAGGAGCCGCAGCCAGCGGCUAAGCAGAACGGGGCCGGCGAGGAGAGCCAGCAGGAGAACAAGCCUGGCCCAGAGGACGCGCCGGCCGACGGCCCCGUGUCGGACAGAACGUGCAAAGUAUGUGCAAAGACGUUCGAGACGGAAGCUGCCUUAAACGCCCACAUGCGGACCCACGGCAUGGCCUUCAUCAAAUCCAAAAGAGUGAGCUCAGCGGAGAAAUAG